CUGAAAAAAAAUGAGAUAAAAAGGAAAUUACACUAUUCAAAGGCAGUUAUAUUCAAUUGGUUCGUCCACACCUUCGACACAUUAUUUGUAGUUUUUCAAAAAUGAUUUUCAAAUUGGGUCUCCUCAUCACUUUUCUGACUAUCACCAUCUGCGUUGCGACAGCAGAGGACAAAAAGGACGAACCGUUCAGUGUAGAAAAUGUGUGGAAAAAGACGGCUUGUUCAAGCACAUGCCCACCGAAUUGGAUAAAACCAGUACAGAAGUAUUACGACGAUGUAAUCAAAGCUUUCAGUACCUUUCCCGGAGAGGUAAUGGAACCAGCUGAUUUGGUGAAGACGACAUUCCAAACGCUUCUGACUAAAGUCAUCGAAUUCAGCAAUUCAGACUCGAAAAUUCUUUCAUCGGGUGCGACUGGAAUUUUAGAAAGUUAUGCCCAGGUCAAGCUAAACAUUCACAGUGCCAGUGGUAUCAUUGACGAAUUCUAUCGAGUGCUGCCCAUGCUAAUGAAAUCGUACAGACAAGUGGUAACAAACUUGACGUGCCCAGUUGGCCCUGAGCUGGUAUGUGCAGUGAACACUGCCAUUACCAACCUCGAACGUGAAUUCAUUUGUUAUGUGGACGAAUUCCGGAAGGGUGACGGAAGAGGCAGGAAAGUAGAAAUUGACUACGAACCGGUUAUGAAACGUGUUCAGACGCUCGUCGACACCAUCGCGCUAAAGGGUGACGUUCAGCUCACUGAAUGUCAAUUGGAAGAUCCACGCGUUAAAAAUGCAUUGGUAGUACUCAGCUUGGUGUUGGACUACGUAAUGGUCCUUGUUCAUGGCCUCAGCAGCAGUAGUGAAGCCAUUAUAUUGGAGCAAAAAUGUGAAGAACCUGUUGUUCUUCAUGUAAUCGUCGUUUCGGUAGGAGUUUUCGUACAGGAAAUUACGGAAUCUAUCGUCGUGAACACUGUUUCAAACGCGGUAAAUGUACGAGCACAUUUACGAACACUUAACAAUUCGUCCAGUAAACUGUCCUCAACAUUGACGGCCGUGUUCAAAUCGGUUGGUCAAAUUACUCAGCAAUUGGCGAAUAGUGUUCAAGGCAUUACUCAAGGAUUACUCAAACCAUUGCGCUUAAUUGGAUAGACACACAGCGUGAUGUCUAUUAUAUAAGGCCCAUUUCAUUCACCUAUUGAAAAGCUGAAUCAAUAAAUUGAAUCAAGAACUGAAA